AUGGUCCAAUUACUUUAUAUUAUCGCCAGCUUACAUGUUUUAUUAUGUCCAUUUACAAAAGUAGAGGAAAGUUUUAAUAUCCAAGCCACACACGACAUUUUAUAUCAUCGACAUAACCUCUCACAGUACGAUCAUAAUGAGUUCCCGGGAGUGGUGCCGCGCACUUUCAUCGGUCCGCUAGUUAUAUCAUUACUUUCGGCGCCAGUAGUGUCGUUCUUCCAAUUUACCGGAAUACACAAAUUUUGGAUGCAAUAUGUAGUGCGUUUGAUGCUGGCUGCGUCAGUGAUAGGAGCAUGGACUCGAUUGAGGAAUGCACUGCUGAAGCAGUUUGGGAGUACUUACGCAUGGUGGUUCACACUGAUCACAGUCACUCAAUACCACUUCAUGUUCUACAUGAGCCGACCAUUACCUAAUAUUAUGGUGCUACCCUUAGUGCUCCUAGCAUUUGAAGGAUGGGUGUCUGGCAAACAUAAACAAUUUAUUGUGACUGCUGGAGCCUCCAUUGUGAUAUUCAGAGCAGAGCUAGCCAUGCUGUUUGGUCUGUUCCUUAUCAUAGACCUGCAUUUCAAGAAGAUUGAUUUUACUACAUUGUUCAAGACAGUAGUGCCAGCAGGUGCGGGGCUAGUAGCUCUAACAGUCGCAGUGGACUCCAUAUUCUGGGGCCGAUUGAUCUGGCCCGAAGCUGAAGUCUUCUGGUACAACACAGUGCUGAACAAAAGCUCAGAGUGGGGUACAUCACCUUUCCUCUGGUACUUCUACUCAGCUUUACCACGAGGUCUAGGUCCCAGUUUAGUCCUGAUCCCAGUGGGGCUAUAUCUAGAUCGCAGGCUGAUCCAGUACGCUGCACCAGCAUUCGUGUACAUAAUCCUUUACUCCUUCCUGCCACAUAAGGAACUGCGGUUCAUCAUCUACGUCUUCCCUUUGCUCAAUAUGGCGUCUGCGGCCGCCUGUUCUUAUGUAUAUGUAAGAAGAACAAAAGCACCAAUAUACGAGUUGAUGUUCUGGUGCUCAGUGUUUGUGAUACUUGGCAACAUUAUCAUAUCAUUAGCUUUCAUUCUGGUCGCCAUGACUAAUUACCCGGGUGGAGUCGCUAUCACUAGAUUCCACAAAAUAAUGAAAAAUGAACCAUUCGUCCAUGUUCACAUCUGUAACUUAGCUGCUCAAACGGGUGUGACGAGAUUCACGCAAAUUAACGAUAGUUGGAUAUAUAGUAAGACCGAAUCGUUAGCUCUAGGACAAUUACAAGAUUAUACUCAUCUUCUUGUUGAAGCAAAAAGCAAGUACUCACCUAAUCUUAAAUACUUUGCCCAGACACAUGUAAUCUUAGAUAGUGUAGAAUCGUUCUCUCAAGUGGCUAUGAAUUACAAACUAAUGCCUCCUGUAAGAAUUAAAACAAAACCGGCCAUUUUCAUAUUAGAGCGUAAAGAUUUUCGUGAGUUUCCUUAUGGACACAAACUUGCGGCUGUAUCUGAUCUCGAUACUCGCAUACAAAUAGAUGAAGCUGUAUCGGAUACUGAAACAGUUAUCGAUGUUGUUAACUAUGAUGAUUUCAAAGAAUUAGGAUCUACGAAAUCGGACCCUGAAUUAGAUGUUGAAGUACAAACUGUCGAAGUUAACAUACCGUCUGAAAAUGAAAGUACAGUAGAAGUUACUAAAUCAACAGUCGACGAAACAACUCAAAAGCCUAGCGAUGAAGUCAUUGAGGAAAUAGAGGAAAAGAUUCAGGAAGAGGUCAAAAUAGACAAUAAACCUAAAUUACCAAAAGCAAAGAAAGCUUUCGACGAAUUAAAGAUGCUGAGACAAGAAAGGAAAAAGAAAGCUAUAGAGAAAAUUAAAACAGAAACACGUAAAGAAGUUGUAGAGUCGGCUAAAGAGAAACUGAAGGAAAUUAUGAAACGCCACAAACAUAUCGCUGAUGAGCUUUCAGAGAAUAUCAUAUCUGAUAUAACUUCUGAAGUAGAGGAGAAGGAUGGCAGAGGAGACAUACCUGAAACCGAAUUUAUUCCCGAAGAAUCAAAAUCAGAUCUCGUAGAUAAAGAAGAAGAUAAAGGAGAAAUCAAAGUACAGGGUGAUGCAGAAAUAAAAGAAGAUUUAAUAGACAAAGCUGAUAUUACAAAUAAAACAAAUGAAAAUAUAGAUACAAUCGUGGAAGAGGUUAUACUCAGAUUGAUUGAUAGAAAAAUUUACGACGACAAGACGAAACCGGAAGAUAUAAAGCCUGAAGACAGGCUCAUGAUACAGAAAAUUGUUGAAGAAGUCAUAUCAGAGAAACUGAAUUAUUCAAGUAUUGACAGUAAUAAUAAUAAAUGA